AGACUAAAUUUGAUGCAAAUAGUUUUGAAUCCAAAUUUGGAAAAUUUUCUUCAGCAUUUCAAAUUAAACAUUUGUUAUAGAUAAGUAACUCUACACGUAGUGAUAUCAAAAGUGUGUAAUUAUGUAGCAAACAGAGUUUAUCAUAUACCCAUUUAUGAAAUUUAAGAAAAGUGAUUCUUCUGGAAACAUGCUGUCAGAAAUAUAAAAGUAUUUUUCAUUUGCUCUACAUGUUGAAACUAACUUAAUGCUCUUUUAUAAAAACUCACUUGUUCAAAAGAAUUUUCAUCGAUCUUAAACUGUGAAAAAGUCGGAUUGAUCAUUAUUCAAGUCAUGUGUAAAUAAUCGAUAUUUUUCACCUCACCAAAACAACUGGAACUAUAGAGUUCUAACGUUUGGCUGUAUUAGUGUGAAGAAUUUGCAGAUAUAUAGUUUUCACAUCUGUUUUGCGUAAAGAACAAAAUUUACAACAAUGUUGCCAACAAACGUUAUGUCAUUUAUGAAAAAGAUGGUGGCUCCAGAGGAUGUCCCUCAACAUGGUAAUGCUGAAAGCACAGGGACAUUUGGAAAAUUAAAGCAAACCUUAUCAUCAUCUCUAUUGACGGCACAGGAUAGAGUUAACAAAAUGUCACCAAGACCAUCUUUGAUUCCGGAUGUAGACUCAUCAAGUGAGCCAAUUCAACAGCAUAUUGUUAAACCUGAGAUCCCAAAGCCGGUGGGGCGUUCUGGAUCGUGUCGUAUUUGUUUGAAAGCAUUCAAACCGAACGAAUAUAGCAAAACAUGCGUUGAAUGCGAUCAAAAAGUGUGUGAAGAUUGUGCAAGUUAUAGCAAAUUAGAACAAAAUGAGGCUGCGGAAGCCUCCUGGCGCUGCAGCGUGUGCCGUAGAAAGAUGGCCUCGCGCGUUUUUCUACCACCACAAGAAUCAACCGACUCGAUUCUCGAGAUUCCGGUUCUAGAAACUCUUCAGAGGCGCCAUUCCGAUGUGAAGUUAGGAUCGACUCAGUGUUUGGGCGUAUCUAAUGGCACUGCACUGGCGCCUCCUCGUAGUCCAGAACUAAGAAGACAUUCCGAUGUCUCACCAGCAUCGUUGAAGGAGUUGGAAAAACUCAAAGGCACAAACGCAUCUGACACAGAAUGGAAAAAGGGUCAUAGUGCAUGCCCUAGCAGAUCUUCGAGUCCCCCUCGACGCAUGGAGCUCGAAACAGCUGCUUCUAGAAUUGCUUCAAGAAGACCGUCAAUGCGCAUGACUCGCCAACGUAGUUACGAUGAUGAGAUAAAAUCAGUCAAUAAUGAACCAAGCAAAAUAGAACCCAUUCUAGGUUUACCAGCUCCCAUGCCAAGAAGAAAAUCUGCAUACGAUGUUUACGCGCCAGGCGUUUUGGCAAGUGCUCUGCAAAAUGCCCAGUUAAAAGAGCCUGACGCGCCUGGAUCAAGGAGACCUUCGUUUAAAAUUCCUGUUGCUGAUAACAAUUAUGAUAACGAAGAAUGUCCCAGCCCAGAUCACAUUAACCAAGCAGUAUUGACUGUGGAUGAGGAUCGUAAAACUAGAAGGCGAGGAUCUCAACUACCCGACAUUUCAGCACUGCGAGGCAAUCAAAACCCAAAUCAAAUGCAAAUGCCCGUAUAUCAAUGCCCUGCGUUGGAAGAUUUGGAGGCUCCUCGACGGCAGACAUCGUUAGAUGGUGAAGCUAUCAAAAUUGUUAUUCAUGACGUCGAUUCUGGUCCGCUGUGUGCAUCUAAGCGCAGAGUUAUAUUGCAAAAGGAUCCGGCGGAUAAAGCUCACAGAACUCGCGGUUUCGGAAUGCGUGUCGUUGGAGGCAAGACGGGCACUGAUGGACGUCUUUUCGCUUACAUCGUUUGGACUGUUCCCGGUGGGCCAGCAGAAAAAGGUGGUUUGCAACAAGGUGACAAGAUUCUAGAAUGGUGUGGAACAUCACUAGUGGAUCGAAGCUUUGAAGAAGUGUGUGCUAUCAUGGACAGAACCGGUGAGGUAAUCGAGCUUUUAGUAGAACAUGCAUCCGAUCUUCAAAUUGGGUUUGACAUGAUGGAAGACGGUGCUCCAGGUCCGAACAAUCAAAUGAAAUGCAAUUCCGAUAUGUCAAACCUCGGAUUUGCUUCUGAAAAUGAAUCGGCCGCUGAUAAGUCUCCCUCAUCACCAACGAGGCGGAAGUUACCAAAAACACCGGAACAACUAGCUAGAGAAAAACAGGUUUCUGGUCGUGUCCAAAUACAAGUUUGGUAUCAUGGAGACAGAAGUGAACUAGUAGUUUCAUUGAUGGCCGCAGACGAUCUUCCACCACGUGAUGAAUCUAUGGGAUAUGGAGGAUUCCCAGAGGCAUAUGCUUCCAUUAAGGUUAUGCCAAAGACAAACGAAACACAUGUUAUGCAAACGGAAGUUUCCUCACCAUCGUGUAAUCCAAUUUGGAAUGCAACAAUCACAUUUAGAGGAAUUUCCAGUGACACUUUAUUUGAUCGCUACAUCGAAGUGAUUUUAUACGAUUUGCUUCCACAAUCGGAACCCAUUUUUCUCGGAGAGUGUAAUGUUAUGCUUCAGAAAGCAUUUCUCGACGACGUGGCGGUAUGGUACAGAUUGGAAGAUCCCAAGCAGCUGCGAGGAGCUCCAACGUCAAAAAUGAAUUGGUCCUCUCCGCGAAACUCGAUAUCGGGCGAUGUAACCAAGCUCAUCCGAGGUUCGGAUUAUCGAUUCCAAAGAUCGGUUUCAGAUGACGUCGAUAGUAUUGGCGAUGGUUCAUCCCUCUUACACCCGGAUCACGCGUGGGCAUUCAGCAGAAGAGGCUCCUCUCAGUCGGAAACGUUAGAAAUCGAAACCUACCAGUUGGGAAAAGACUUCUCUAAAUCAUUACCAGGCUCAAGGCGAUCAUCGUUCCAAGAUCAAGAAAAAUGCAAAAGUGGUGAGAUUGCACAAUCAUUUGCACAUAGUCGAGAAAGAAGAAGGUCUUCUGUAGCAAAACGUAAUCCAGAUGAGCUCAGGCGUGCAUUCAAUCAAAGCCGAGGUGAAUUUAUCCGGACAAUGAGUUUGUCCCGCGAGCUGGAACGCAAGAACUCAAUAAAAAAUUUCAAUCAAAGCCUAUCAGAACGAAACAGCGAACAAAUUGAACGAAUGAUCUCAACCAUCAGAGUGAAAUCGGAUAGCUCAAAAGAACUACAAAUAGAUGCCAACGCCAGCUCCUACAUCAGCAGUUUAGGGCCUGGCCAAAUACUUCCGAAAGGGAUUAAUAGUAGCCUCAGGUGUGUUGGAGAAUUAAACUUGGCAGUUUCAUUGGAAAAGGCAAUUUUGGAACUUAAAGUUCUUGGUGCAAGAAAUCUUAUACCCGAUGAUUCUGAAGCAAUACCAGACACAUACGUAAAGUGUUAUCUGAAAGAUGGUGAUCGAUUGCGACACAAAAAGAAAACCAGGGUUGUAAAAUAUUGUUUAGAGCCGCAAUACAAUCAAGUGUUGAAAUACUCGGCAUCUGAACUUUUUGGUAGAACGCUUUUAGUGACUGUUUGGCAAAAAUCAACAGGUUUUGAACACAAUCAAAGUAUAGGAGGUGCCGAACUUUUUUUCAACACUUAUAAAAUGAAAGCACCGGUUCAGGGCUGGUAUCCCUUGUUUCCAUCCCAGCACAUUUUAUCAAAUCCAAAUGAUUCUCCAUAGAAAAUUGUAUAAUUGUUGACUAGAAAUGAUAUUGCAUUUAUAGAAACGUUGUAUUUUAUUUUACAUUUAAAUACAUGUAUUAAAAAACA